ACAUAUAAAAAUUGAAACCCUAACUAAGAAAAUGGGGAAGACUGGUUUGAUUUUUAUUGGGAUCGUUGCCUUCCUUGUCUCCAUUGCUUCAGCCACACCAGGAAUCGCCACCUUUUAUAAAAGUUAUGUUCCUUCUGCAUGCUUCGGAAACAAGCCCCAAGGUAACAUGAUUGCUGCAGCCGGUGAUGCAUUGUGGAAAAACGGUAAAAAUUGUGGAAAAACGUUCACUGUAAAGUGCACCGGAUCCCCAAAUGCUGUACCAAAUCCAUGCACCGGCAAGAAUGUUACAGUGAAGAUCGUUGAUCACUGUCCGGGUCCAGGAUGCAAAUCGACCUUGGAUCUUUCCCGGGAAGCCUUUGCUAUUAUAGCCAACCCGGUUGCCGGCAUCAUUAACAUCGACUACAAAAAGAUAAAAGUUGGCAAUGCAAAGGAUGAAGUUUAAGUAUCAAAGUUUUUGUUGUAAUGGAAUAAUAUUUACGUUUUAACUAAAUUGAUAGCAGUGUGUGCUAUUGAGAUGAAAUUUGAUUUUUUGUUCAAGUAAUAUAACUUCGCUUCGCUUC